AACAUAAAAUAAGGAAAAAAAAAAAAAGAUCGUUUUGUUGUUUUGGGUCAAUCUGGGAAUUUGGUACUUCGGCAAGGAGGGCAUCUAGGAGACUGAAGGCUCUAAGGAAGUUCAAUGUGUUGAUCCAGAGGCAUCCAAUUGAGAAGCAAAAAUCUUCAACUUUAAGAGAAAAUGGUGCUCCAUCAAUCAGGGAAGUAGGAUCUCAUAGUGGUGUGAGGAACAGAUUAGGCGCUACUGCAGUGGAUCCUAUUCCAAUACAUAACCAUAACCACAACCACAUUUUCAAAGGAACUAUAUAGGUCAGUCCUUUCAGCCAGCCAUGACAGAUGGAGGUGCUUCAUCUUGGGGUCAGGUUCAAGCUCCUUCUUACAUGCGUGUGCAUAGAAGCUCCACAACCUUCAUUAAUUCUUCUCUCCCCAACCCUCGGCACCAUAACUGUUAUCAACCAUUGCCUCCUAUUCAAGGUGUGAGAGGUAACAACAUUAAUGUUCGUCCACAAGCAACUGCAGUUUCAUAUCGCCUUCCACCAAGUUAUGCCCCACAGAACAACCCCAUGAAUCCUUCACAGGAGAGUUUAGAGAUGGGGUCUAGGCAUGUGAGACCUAUGCCACCUGGUGGCCUUAGGAUUUACCGGUCUCACCGAGGAGGUGUUGUACCUGGGAUAUUUCAAAGACAUCGCAACCUUCCUUACCUAAGAGUUUUACCCCCAGAUAAUUCUCAAGAGUUUUAUGAAGACGUGGAUAAUUUUAUUGAUCAUCACAGAGAUAUGCGCCUGGACGUAGAGGACAUGUCUUAUGAGUUAAGUCAAGGCACAUCAAUGUCUUUCACUGUUCAUUGCAUUGAUUCAUUUGAAUUUUGCCAGCCCCUUUACGGGAAUCUUUUGAAUGACCGCAGGAAUUGCUUGCACUUGGGGAGCGGAUUGGCAAUGUUAACACUGGGUUGUCAGAAGGCAGCACCAGUUGACCUGGAAGCUGAUUCUUGCAUUGUAUGUCAGGAGGAGUAUAAAAACCAAGAGAAGAUCGGAACUCUUGAUUGUGGGCACGAGUAUCAUGCGGAUUGCUUAAAGAAGUGGCUACUAGUGAAGAAUGUAUGCCCCAUCUGCAAAACCGAAGCUUUGGCUACAUAAAUUCUAUAUUUUAAUGGUUCAUGUUGGCCGAAUUAGCAGGAAAGUACUCCAUAAUAUGAUGUACUGUGACUAAUUCUAUUUUCGCAAAACAAAAUCACUGUAUAUUU